AUGGUAGGGAAAGAGGAUGAAGCUAGUGGGGAGAGUAAUAACAUCGACAGUGCUGGUUCACGACUCCAUCAUCCCAUUCCAGGUAACAGGAAGAUGUAUUGGAGGUCAGCUUCAUGGUCGUCUUCUCAUGUAUCAUUACCACCACUUAAUCCCGACAGUGUAAAAGACACUUCAGAUCCAAGUAAUGGUGGACAGAUUCGAAGGUGUCCUGUCCCAUUAACUCCUAGAUCAAACAGUAAAGGCCGAUCAUUUCUACCACCAUUAUCAAUUGCUAGAAGAAGCUUAGAUGAAUGGCCAAGAGCAGGUUCAGAUGAUGUUGGUGAGUGGCCAAUUCCCAGCACACCUAGUGGCGAAAGGCUAAAGCUUGAUUUAUCAUCAAUCCAAAGAAUCCCAGAUAAGAAUCCUUCCCUUGUGAAAAGAGAUAAGAUUGCUUUCUUUGAUAAAGAAUGUUCAAAAGUAGCAGAACAUAUCUUCUUAGGUGGUGAUGCAGUUGCACGCGAUAAAGACAUACUCAAAGAACACAAAAUCACUCACAUUCUCAAUUGUGUAGGCUUUGUUUGUCCUGAAUACUUCAAAGGACAUUUCGUGUACAGAACUUUAUGGUUACAAGAUAGCCCUUCAGAAGACAUAACAAGCAUACUAUACGAUGUGUUUGAUUACUUUGAAGAUGUUAGAGAACAAAAUGGGAAAGUUUUUGUACAUUGUUGUCAAGGGGUAUCUCGGUCAACUUCAUUGGUGAUUGCAUAUCGUAUGUGGAGAGAAGGUCAAAGCUUUGAUGAUGCUUUUCAAUACGUAAAAGCUGCAAGAGAAAUCGCAGAUCCAAAUAUGGGAUUCGCAUGCCAACUUUUACAAUGUCAGAAAAGGGUACAUGCGUUUCCUUUAUCUCCAAGCUCAUUACUUAGAUUAUAUAGAAUUGCACCUCAUUCAUCAUACGACCCUUUACAUCUUGUUCCAAAAAUGUUAAAUGUUCCUUCCCCAGUUGCUCUAGAUUCUAGGGGUGUCUUCAUUAUGCAUAUACCUUCAAGUAUUUACAUUUGGGUGGGUGUAAAAUGUGGAUCUUUAAUGGAAAGAGAUGCAAGAGGUGCAGUUUGUCAGAUUGUUAGAUAUGAAAAGGUUCAAGGGCCGAUAGUUGUGGUGAAAGAAGGGGAAGAACCUUCUUACUUUUGGGAUGCUUUUUCGAGUCUUUUACCUUUGAUGGAUAAAUCAGGCAAGGUGAUUGAUGUUUCAAAGUUGACUAAAGUAACCCCGGGUGAUAGAAUAGUUGACUCUUACAAUGUUGACUUUGAGAUUAUACAGAAAGCAAUUGUGGGUGGAUUUGUCCCUCCUUUUGCUUCUUUUGAAACUGAACAAGAAACUCAUUUACCAGUUAGAGAAAGUAGUUGGAGUGUUUUGAGACGUAAAUUUGCACAUGGAAACAUGAAGGAGUUUGUUUUAGCUUCCAAAUCUGCCCCUUCUAGAGUCUACCCUGAUUCUUCUUUACUCAUGGGUUCAGAUAACAAUUCCAAUUCAAAUUCUAAUUUUCUUUUUUCUUCAAGAUCUUCGUUUUCUUCAUCAUCAUCAUCAUCAUCAUCAUCAUCAUCUCCUGAUUCCCAAUCUUCCGAUUCCACCAUUAGCUCCUCCAAAUGCUAUUCCGAUUCCCCUGUUGCAUCUCCUUCUGUAUUGUCAACAUUUUCAACUUUAUCACUUGCUCCGAUUCUUCCAUCUAAACUCUCCCCUCAUUCCAUUUCCAAAACCUCUGAAUUCAUUGAUGUGAAUUUCACUUCAAACUCAUGUUCACAAUCAGUUUUAUCACCUUCAAAAAGGUCUUCACUUUCGAUUGCUGAACGCAGAGGUAGUGCUCCUAAAUGUCUUAAACUACCAAUGAUGAGUGAUGACGAAUCUCUUGUUCAGGGCUCUUGUUCAAAUGGUUUGACCGAGUUUGACCAGAAAUCUAAAGCUUCACAAGAAGAUCAGAAUGUGAAGCAAGAAUUAGUGGUGCUUGAAUGGCCUAGUUUGGAAAAGGUUAUGAGAUUUUAUGCUGGUGACAUGGAUUCCAGUCGCGUGUUUAUUUUCGUGACUCCGGAAUCAAGUUCCGGAAUUGGGGAUUCCGGUUUGUAUUUAUGGGUGGGAAAAGGUUUCUUGCAUGAUAAAGAUGACGCAAGGUGUGCUGAGUUGGCAGAUUUUUCUGUGAAAGAAGUUAUUAAUAAUCUUGUUUCCAAGAUGGGUUUGUCAAAGGACACUCAUGUUAAGGUGGUGAAGCAAGAUGAAGAACCGUCAGAAUUUGUUGCUCUCCUGAGUUCAUUCAAAAAAAAAAAAAAUGCUGGAAAAAAAACAUUGAGAUUGAGAAUGUAUCAAGGGUUCAGUGGCAAACUAAGCAAAUCUGCUCCUUUUGUGUUCUAACCUCUCAACACAUUGGUUGUAUUGUAUAUUUAUCUUUGUUAAACAAUUUUAUAUAAUCGUAAUUUAAGGGAGGAGUAGAUUCACUGAUAAUGCUUUGAUAUUAAAUGUAGCAUUUUCUACCAUUUUCAUGAUAAUUUCUAGUAUGAAUUUGAUGGAUGCACAAACUUUAU